CAGAACUUAUAACACAAGAUAUUGAUCAAUAGACUGACAAUGGAAGUCAUGGGAUGAAGAUGGAAAGGGUUGUCGAUGCAAUUAAGGUGAUAAAAGACUGAAGGGCCUGCCAUCUAUGUGAACCUCUCCAUCUACGAUAUGCUUUUGGAUGGAAGCCAAAUUUCAUCUUUUCCUUCUUCAAGACUCCUCCUAGCCUGGAGAAAGUAGAGAAAGUCUCUGUUGCUGGACCAAAAUCAAGCAUGAUGCAAAGCUUCAACCAUGGUGUAUCAAAGUUCAUCUCCUCCUCGCCCUUCAGCACCCUUUGUCUCCCUCCUCUGGCAUCAAGAACACAACAAGCCUUUCAAGGACCUCCCUCAGAGUUCCAAUGCCCGAGUACAGGUCCCUUAUUGUAUGAUCCCAUCACACUCCCAAAUGACUUGACACUCGAGCGUGUUUUCAUCGAAGCCUUCAGAGAGUUCAACUACAUUCCUUCGUCUCCUUUUUAUCUGACAACUAAGGAGGAGCUCAAAUCCAAGAUCCUCGAAUGGUGUGAUCUCACGGCCAUCCUUGCCCUCGCCCCAUCUCUGUAGAAGAAGCCUGUGAUUGCAUUAAAGGAUUCUUGGCCUUCUAUGACAAUUUUCACUAAGGGUUUACGAAGGUUUCUGAAGAUGACAAUGGUGGAUAUUUCUUGAAUUCAAGAAACCAACUUUCUCCCUCUUCAUUCUCUUCCAAAGGUGAAGAAACCAACGUCAGUUCUCUCAGAAAGUUCAAGCAGAUCAUUAGGGAGCCAGAUGUCAAGAAAACUUUACCAAGAAUCACCUACAACAGAAGGCCUCCUUCUUAUUUCUCCGAAGCAACGGAAGCCCUCAUUAGGAGAAAGACUGCAGUUCCUGAUUCUUCUUCUUUGCAGUGCAUGAAUUCAAAUCCAAAAGAAGAUAUAAUAAAGAAUCUAGAAGACAGUGACAGCUCAGUACCGGAGAGUGCACUUGUCACCCUACAAAAGUAUGCCCAUUCCAUCAGCACCAUUAUUGAUGGAAAUGCAAUGUUCCGCGACCUAUUUGCUGAUAAAUGUAGCAGCUUCAAUGGGGCAUCCACUCUUUAAAAUCAUCAAAAUGUUCGCAGGUAAAUCAACACGUAGGUUCCAUAUAGUUUUUCCAAUAUCUGAACGCUGAUCAUUCACUGAUGAAAAAUAAUCCAAAAGCCGCAAAAGUUCUCUCCCCAUGACUGCUUUAUUGACAUCUUCUCGUGACAAAGCCUCAAGCACGUUAGCAACGAGGUUGCGGGCCUCGGCCACUGGACUUUGCUCAAGGAUAUUAACUAGUUGUUCGAGAAUAUUAUCAAAGUGACCCAGUUUUUCUAUGUUUGACUUUUCACUGGCCAGAAGAGAAAUGAAUAAGAGAACACUGUUGACAUCGACGUGAGUAAAUUUGCCAAGCAUAGGGACAAUAGCUUUUAGGAUCUUUUCACUACAUAAAGAAAUGUUCUCUUUAUGCAGAGAAAUGAUAAAAACUAUUGUCCCCAUGCUUGGCAAAUUUACUCACGCCGAGGUCAACAGUGUUCUCUUAUUCAUUUCUCUUCUGGCCAGUGAAAAGUCAAACAGAGAAAAACUGACCCACUUUGAUUAUAUUCUCAAACAACUAGUUAAUAUCCUUGAGCAAAGUCCAGUGGCUGAGGCCCGCAACCUCGCUGCUAACGUGCUUGAGGCUUUGUCACGAGAAGAUGUCAAUAAGGCAGUCAUGGGGAGAGAACUUUUGCGGCUUUUGGAUUAUUUUUCAUCAGUGAAUGAUCAGUGUUCAGAUAUUAGAAAAAAUAUAUGGAACCUAUGUGUUGAUUGUCCUGCGAACAUUUUGAUGAUUUUAAAGAGUGUGGAUACCCCACUGAAGCUGCUACAUUUAUCAGCAAAUAGGUUGAACAUUGCAUUUCCAUCAAUGAUGGUGCUGAUGGAAUUGGCUGAAUUAGAGGAAGGGAAGCGGGCACUGAUGGGUGCUGGAGCUGUGGUGACACUGAUCAAUAUGACGAGAGAAGGAACAGGUGAUGAAGAGCAUUGCUUAUCUUUGAUGUAUCAGAUUCAAACCUGUAAAGGUAACAACGAGUUGUUUAAGACGUUAGCUGUUAGCGCAGAAGCUGAAGAGGUGUUGUUACAAAAUAAAGAAUGGGGGGAAAUGGGGAGGGAAAAGGCCAGGAGAAUGCUUGAGUUCAUCGAAUUGGCGAUUAGAAGUCUGCAAAGUCAUCUCAGCAGCACUAAACUGUACAUGCAUUCGAGCAGUUCACUUUCCUGAAUUUGCCUAAUCUUUGUAUCAAUAUUUGGCGUGUAUUCAGAACGGUAGACAUGGCAAUCCUGAUACUUGAAGUCUUGUGUUUCUUCUAAGCAUUAGAAUGUUGUUUUUUUUCCUUUUAUAAUUCUUCUUUGGACAAGUAUUAUUAAGUAUUGGCAUGUAUACACGAUGAUAGGCAAUCCUGUUAUCUGAUAUCUGUGUUUCUUUUAAGCAUUAGAAUGAUAUUUACUAGCAAGUGGUUCUGCGUUUA